CAGAUGGACCAAUACAAUUCAAUUACACGCAUUGCGCGAAAACGGCCCAAUCACAGCUGUGUAUGCAAACCAAAUUAUGAUCGGUAGCAGGAUUUUCUAACAGUAAAAAAAGGUAGCUAAAUGACAUGAAAAGAAAAAGGUUUCCUAAUCAACUUGAAAAAUAAAUGGAGCCUAACGAGAUUGAGRAGGUUCAGGAGACAAUACAGACACACAGAGACAGAGACAGAGCCAGUGGCUGGGUCUUCUGAAGACAACGAGGAAGGAAACCCCUGGUCGCAUCUCAAAGAACACUUCAGCUUCAAGCAGAGAAGAGGAGACAGUAUAAUUAUGGAACGUAAACUCUGCUUACCAAGGAUGGUGGAGGUGGCUGCCUACAAAAACUCUGCGUCAAACUUGAGGAAACAUGUAAUGAGCAAACAUCRAUUAAAGAUGACAAACUACAAUAUGCUAACCUCUUCAACCACAAACAAACCAAGGAACCACAACAGACAGUGGAUCAAACUUCAUGAAAGCAUUCAAUGUUUUUGGUGAGAAGAGCCAGGCAGUCGAGUCAGCAGACCGAGACCCAGAUGCUGAAGAGCCAGCAGAGCAGGUUGAAUACCAAGACACAUAUUCCAUCUUGGAAAAUUACAGUGGCCUAGAAUAUCAACUCCCUCAMCAUCGACAGUGUGCAUGUCACCUGCUGAACCUCAUUCCAACAACAGAUUCUGUGUUGGCAGAAACAAAUAGUGAUAGCUACAAAAGGUUGUCCAGGUGGUCUUUUGCCAAAUYCCAAGCCAUGUGGAAUAAAARGGGCCGGUCAACCUUAGCUGCUGAAGUUGUAGAGAAUGAGUGCAAACUGCAGUUGAUCAUCCAAAUCAAACACUCAACUUACCUGGCUGUGGAGAGUAUCGCACAUAUCAUACAAGAGAAGGGGGAGGAUGCCAUAAGAAAUGUGUGUGAAGAAUUAAAAGUGAAACUGUUGAGCCUGGCAGAAAUGUCCUUCUUGAAUGAGUACUGCAAAGUGAUGAAGCCUUUGGUCUCAGCUUUGAACAUUCUACAGUCUGAGACCAACACAGAUAUGGGGUGGCUGCUGCCAGUGAUCUUCUUACUAAAAACUAAACCUCAAAGGCCGGAAGCAUCUUGCCAAAUGUGCCUACCACUUAUCAGAGCCAUUUUGAACGGUCUCCAAAAGUGCUUUGGWGAAAUGAUGGAGGAGCCACAGCUUAUUGCUGCUGCAAUCCUUCUGCCAAAGUUCAAGACGUGUUGGACUGACAAAGCUGAUGUCAUCACAGCCGGUUUGGCGUACCUGAAGAAUCAUCUUGACACAAUCACACAGGACGAGACUGAGCAUCUAAGGCAGCAUUCAUCUGAUGAAGAGGAUUUCUUCUCAUCACUGACAAUCGGUCAGAAGGUACAGGGGAGCUGGAUGGGUAUCUUGCUAUUCCAUCGGACAAAAUUGAUUUACUUCAUUUGUUUCCGUACAUAAAGAAGUUGUCCCUCAAACUCAACACAGGCCUGCCUGCAUCUGCCGCCUGUGAACGUCUUUUUAGCUGUGCUGGACUGCUCUUCACUGCAAAGCGAACCAGGAUAGACUCAAUUAACUUAGAAAAUCAGUUCUUACUGAAACUGAAUGGCAAAUUCUGAGGGAAGUGAAGUGAGUUAAGUGUUCGAUAGGUAGUUCCACAAAAAAUAUGCCUUUUGAACAUUCCUUUGAACGUUUGUACAUGUAAAGUUGAAGAUUUAAUAUUAAAAUCAGUUGUGCUGGAUCUUA